GAGUCACCAAGAACUUCAAGAAAACUCGCCGCCAUGGGAGGAUCACACAAGAACCUCAUCUUCGUAUACGGAACGUUAAAAAGAAACCAUCGAAACCAUUUCCUUUUAGAAGAUCUGAUCUCAACAAACGACGCCGUUUACAUCGGCCAACGCACGACCCGGUUACAGUACCCGCUCGUUACGGGUCUCUACGGAAUCCCUUACUUAAUCAACAAAUCCGGGUCGGGUCAAAAGAUCCGAGGUGAGCUUUAUUCGGUUUCAAAACAUGGGCUUGUACGUCUUGAUGAAUUGGAAGGUAUCAAAGUGAAUCACUACGAGAGAUUACCAAUUGAAGUUAUUGAUGAAGAAGAUGAAGAAGAAUCAAACGUUGUCGUUUUGGCUGAGGCUUAUUUUGCUCAUUGUAGUUUUGGUGAGAGAUUGUGGGAGAAGAAAGGAAAAUGUGGUAUGUGUGAAUUUGGGGAAAACGAUGGCGUUUUGUAUGUUAGGGUUAAAGAUAGGCCAAGGUUUAGCUCUGUUCUUGAUGAAAUUGAAGCUUUUGUGUCUUCUAGUAAUGAUUGAUUACUAUUUUGAUUCAAUGGGUAUGUUCAAAAUUUGAUCUUUGAUGCUAUGUUUUGUAAUAAAGAUCUAUAAUUGUG